AUGUUUGGGAAAUAUAGCCUAUUCGGUAAAUCGGGUUCGCAGUACGACUUUUCGACGGUAGACAUAGGGGGCUUGAGAGAUAAGGCAGUAGAACUCGAACAAAGACAGAAAGGAAUGAAGAAGAAGAUCAACCCGAAAGUCAUAAAUAUGAUUGAUACCGUCGAGAAGAAAGAAUCUGAACUGAACAAGAUGUUGGACACUGUUCUAAAGGACAAGAAGAAGAUUGAAGUGACCAUUGAGGAGUUGGACCGAUAUAAACGAGAUGCGCUUGAAAAGACCUGGGAGAAAGUGAAUGGCGACUUCGGAGGAAUCUUUGGCGAGUUACUACCAGGCAAUUUUGCCAAGCUGCAGCCACCAGAAGGCCAAGAUCUAAUGCAAGGCCUCGAGGUCAAAGUCCGCCUGGGAAGUGUUUGGAAGCAGAGUUUAACUGAACUUAGUGGAGGUCAACGGUCUGUUCAUCAUUAA